AUGAAUACCGGCGGCGGUGGCCGCCAACGCCACAAGAACCAGCAUCAACACCUCCCAUCACACGGCUCGACAGGAUCGAUCGGCGGAACGGCCGUGCCCCUCCCGCCGCCCUUUGGCCCCGGGCCUGCGUCAGCAUCGUUGCCGGCGACGACAGCAUCGACACCCACACCCACCCCAACGCCCACCCGCGCCAACACGGCAGGGUCGGCCGCGUCUGCCUCGUCCACCUCUACCACGACCGGCUCCGUCCCUGGCCAGCGCAAAGAGCGCGGCGCCAUUGCGGCCCAGGCCUGCGACACGUGCCGCAGCCGCAAACAAAAAUGCGACGAGCAGCGGCCCGAGUGCGGCACUUGCCAAAAGUUCAAGCUGGCCUGCCGCUACCGCGAGCCCCAGCCGACCAAGAAGGACAAGACCCUGAGCGAGAUACUCGACCGGCUCAAGGCGCUCGAGGGCAAGAUCGACGGCCUGGGGAGUGGCGGGGCCGUCAGGCAAGCGUCGGCUGGAUAUGCCGCGCCGGCCCUCCUCGGCCUGCCGCCACAACCACCCGUGCCACCCGUGCCACCCGUACCACCAGUGUCACCGUAUACAUCCACCACUGCUGCUGCUUCGGCAGCAACAGCACCCGCCACACCCUCGACAUACCGGUACUCCCCGGCCGUGUACCAGAUGCUGGGCUGGCCCGUCGUGCAACAAAUGCUCGCACCGCUGGCCCCGCAGCUGGCGAUCCUGCAGAUCCACGUUCAAGCACUAGGAACCGAGCACGACGCUCAGGCCGUUGUCCUUGGGCUGCACCAUCCGCAGCAGCGGCUGCCGACCAACGACUCCAUGGGUGGCGGCGUGGGCCUCGCCAUGGGCGGCGUGCCCGGCGUGCCCGGCAUGGGCGUCGGUGGCAUGACGGCAGCCCCCAACAGCUUUUAUCCCGCCAUGCCAGCCUCUGUGGCAAGCCCCAUGCCCUUCUCGCUUGGCGCCUCCCUCGGCUCGACCAUGGCCACAACAUCCCUGGGCGGACCGCCGCUUCUGUCGUGGGACACGCUCUACCGCCUCAGCACCGCCUACUUUGACUCGUUCAACUACAUUGCGCCCAUUGUCGACCGCCAGACCUUUCUGGGCGUGACACUGCCCGUCGCGUUGGAGCUCGGCCAGGAUGCCGCCAACCCGGCCGACAAGACGAGCAGCGCCGGCACCAACGACCAGGCAAACUCGGCCCUUGUACUCCUCGUGGCCGCCCUCGGCGAUGUUUCCAUUGCCGGGGUCCAAGGCGCGCCUGUUCUGGGGGCCACGGGCGGCGUGAAAGGCGGCACCGUACGGCACCCACCGGGCCUUGCCCUCUUCAACGAGGCUCGGCGUCGCAUGGGUUUUGUGUCGGGCGACUGUAGCCUGGAGAACAUGCAAAUCUACGCUCUGGCAGGCCACUUCAACAUCGAACUCGGCCUGCCCCUGACCGGCCUUGACCGCUUUGAAGACCUUGUUGGACUGCCGUCCUUCAAUGGACCCUACGCGCAAGACGACUACCUUGCCAACCAGGCAUCCCACUUUCAGGAGCAUUUUGCUUCGCAGAUCGUGCUGCGGCGGCUGUGCGUCGACUUUGACAGAACCCUUCGUUUUGCACUCAUCUGGGCCGUGGUCACAACAGGAGCGGAAGGAAAUGGAGCAACAACAAAGACGCAGACAUCAACGCCAAGUGCAGCAAGCAUGGACGGGCAGACCAUGGGCUCCAUGGGUUCUAUGGGUUCCAUGGGUUCCGUCGGUUCCAUCGAUACCCCCGGCAGCCUCCCAUCUCCGCGUACGUCCUCCCUCCACAGCGCGCCCGCGCUGUUUUUCUUUCCGGCGAGCAUCGCCCAGAUGGCCCAGCAGCUUGAGGGCUGGCGCGGGAUGCUACCACCUCACCUGCGCUGGCAAGAGUCGCGACCGGCCGACUUUCCCAGCGCCGGCGUCUCAGACGACUUUGUCGUUGUAGACGGCGACUCGGUGGACGAGGACAUGGUCGCCCCUUCGGCCACGGCGACCUCCUCAAUGACCUCGUCAAUGACCUCCUCGAUGGGGUCGUCCAGCACAUCCGCGCUUGCGUCGACCUCCGCCCCGAUUUCGGCUACCACGUCCAUCCACUCCUCGGCCACGCCGGCGCCACCCGCACCACCUGCACCACCCGCGGCCACCAUGUUCUCGGCCGACCUCGACGCCACGCCCGUAGCGUACCCCUUCGCCCUCGAUCUGCAGGUCGCGCUCCUGCGCUCCCGCUACUACUACACAAAGUACCUGGUGUACAAGCCGUGUCUGUACAAGGCCAUGCACCACCCGGCGCAGCUGUCGCACGACGACGCCGCCGGUGCCGCCGCCUGCUUGCAAGCGUGCCUGUCGUGGCCCAUUGCCAUGUCGCCGACGUGCACACGCAAGCGGCUGGUCCCGUGCCUCUUCUUCUACACGCAGAACUUCCUCGGCGUCCUGCUCGUCCUCCGCCUCGCCCAGCAGCUGCCCAUCCUGCAGCGCAUCACGGCCACGCUGUGCGGCGGUGAGCAGUUUGCGCGGGCGGCACGGACCACGACGGCGCUGUGCAUUGCAUGGCUGCGUGAUCUGCGCGGCGUUGACCGGGCGGCCGAGUGGGCGUGGUCCGUGGUGCAGGCCCUGUACAAUGUGGAAUGA